AUGGCCGUCCCGCAAAAUCAACGUGGCGAAUCACAUCACAUGCCCUCCAGAAGCUUCCAGCCACAUCUACCCGUCCGCACAGCCACCAUGACUACAAAAACAACUUCAUUUCCCAAACGCAAACCAGAAAUCGAAACCAAUAUGCCCGUCCCAGUCCCCUCCUCCACGACGGCACAGUCGACAUCAACCAGCGCAACGACAACACAAGCACAAACGCAGGACGGGCAGCAUGUGGAGCGUGUGAAUGCGCACGAGAAGACGGAGGCAGAGAGGGAGGCGGAUAGGCUGUACGAGGAGCGCAUGGAGGACGAGUACGCGAAGCGGGAGGGAGGCGCAUAG